AUGUCCUUAAAUGAAGACGCUCGUCGUCUUGAGCUCUGCGCAGACGAUCUUCGUGAGUUAGGCGCAUCCAUCGAGUCAUGCCUUUUCCGCACUCCUUCAAAGCAUGCAAUAUUUUCCUUACAAGCUUCUACUUCUUCAUCUACGCAUAGUAAACCCGUUUCGACAUCACCAUUGAACUCGACCCGAUCGCUGUAUUCACUGGUGUCUAGCACGGCUUAUGCAGCCAAAAAAAAUGCAUCUCAGCUUCACGAUACAUGGCAAUCAACACUGGAUCGACUAGCACUGGAAACUGCUCGAAAUAAUGGUUCUAACGAGACUAUUGAGCGCUGUGAUCGCUUAAAGCGACGAUUUGAAGCGCUGUCCGACACUGUUCAGCUUUAUCAAGACAAAAUACGUAAGACUGGUGACGAGGUGACUCUGCAGAAUCAAGUCGAAAGUCAGCUGGCACAGGAGGAGACGGCCUGGGAACAGCAGAUGCAGACGCGAGAGCAGCGCGUCGCUGAACUUGAAGUUGAAUUGCAAGCUUUAAAGGAAGAUAAUGCCGUUAAUGAGACCGAUAUGGAACCAAGUUCUCAUUUAAUGCAAGACGAUGCAGAAGAGGAACAGGAGAUGCAGUCGGAGAUAGUUGAGUUACAGGAGGCUGUAGCUCUUCGCGUUGAAGAGAAAAGAGACAUUGAGGCAGCAAUUGACUCAUUACAACGAAAGAAGGCGCGACGUCAGGCAACUAAAGCUGAUCUUAAGCGAAAACAAGACAAAGAGAAUGUGGAGUUCAAGCUAGAUGCUGCAACUGCGGCUAGAGAACAGGUUUUGAGAGAACUUCGCGAGGAAAAAGAGACUUUAAAAGGAGAAAUUAUAGCUGCAGAAGAAACAGAAGAAAAACUAGAAGAAAACGUUCAAGACUUGCCAAUAUUAAAGGAGGAGUUGGCUAAAAUCAAGAAAGAGAAAGCGGAGGUGCAGUCGCGAGUAGAUUCGCUUCGAUUAGAGCUUGCACGUCGUAAACGAAAGAUGAGACAUAUGGUGGACGUUCAACUCUUAACAGCUCGAGAUACGAACCCACCAACAAUUCGGGAAGAGGCAGUAUUGCUUCAUUUGCUGUAUCAACACGAAGGCGAGAUGGGAGUGAACGAACUUAAGAACAAAGCGGGUAUUGUGCUCAACGACCAUGGCAAACCAAAUGGAAAUGGUCUUGUUAUUCGUGCACUGUAUUCGCUAGUUGCGAAUGGUCUAGUACAGAUAGAUCGGUCGUACGGAAAUGGUCUUGUCACGUCGCUUUUGGUCUAG